AUGUUUGCCCGAAGCGCCCUCAGAGUCAGCCAACGGGCCAUUCGCCCAGCUACUUUCGCUCCUCAGACGUUCCGUGCUGCCUUCGGAUCAUCCUCCAAGUCGAACGACCCCGAAGUGCCCGUCGUCAGCUACCGGCAUGGCGAGCGCAAGGAGGAGUCGAUCCAUUACGAGCCAAACGCCAGCACUGGCCCAGUCAACCCCCCGGGCGUCGAUGCUGAGAAACAGGCUGUUCCUCUCAAGAGCGACAUCCUUCCCCAGCUCACUCCAACCCUUCGAAACUUCACUCUCCCUGGCAAGGUAGCCGUCGUAACCGGGUAAGACUCAUCUGCUCGGCACCUUCUCUGCGGUAACUGAUAAGGGUGACAGAGGUGGUCGUGGUCUUGGGUUCAACAUGGCGCAGGCACUGGCUGAAGUUGGUGUGCGCGGUAUUGCCAUCAUGGAUGUGCAGCAAGAGCUUGGAGACAAGUCCGCCCGGGAGUUGAGCGAGCAGACUGGUGAGUCCAAGGACGAAGAGCACUUUCUCACACCAAGGGCACUCGCUUACACACCUCAUCCUUGCAGGCAUCGAUGUUCGCUUCUACCGUGUCGACGUCCGUGACGGUCCGGCUAUGAACCAGACUGUUCAGGACGUUGUCGAUCACUUCGGACGCCUUGACAUCCUCAUCAAUGCAGCUGGAAUCGCAGAGUAAGCAGGAUCGAUCAGUCUUGGCUGUUGCAUCUACUGACAGGCGAUAGCUCCAACAUCAAGGCCGAGACUUACGACCAUGACAAGUUCCGUCGUCUGAUCGACAUCAACGUGACUGGGUCCUUCAUCGUCUCCCAGGCCGUCGCCAACCAGAUGAUCAGGAGCAAGAAGGGCGGUAGCAUCAUCAACAUUGCAUCCAUGUCCGGCUCCAUUGUCAACUAUCCCCAGGAGCAAUCCUGCUACAAUGCAUCCAAGGCGGCUGUAGUCCAGCUCACCAAGUCGUUGGCGGCAGAGUGGGCCCGAUACGGCAUCCGUGUCAACUCAAUCAGCCCCGGUUACAUGGACACUGCGCUCAACCGCGUGCCAGCUCUGGAGGCUCAGAAGCGGAUCUGGGUUGACCACACCCCACAGAAGAGAUUGGGAGCUGUCGACGACCUCAACAACCUCGCUGUUUACCUCGCAAGCGACGGCUCGGCGUUCAUGACUGGAAACAACUGCCUCAUUGACGGUGGCUACACCCUCUGGUGA